UUUGGCAGGGCACCGAUGGUGCAGCUGGCGGGGCCGGCCGCCGGUGCAGCGGCUGGGCAGGGAGCGCGGCUGUGCUGCCGGGCGCAAACAGACACCGCGGCUCGCAACGGCGGCUCUGCGGCGGGACCCCAGCCCCGGCCAUGCUCUGAUGGGUACCAUGGACUUUAAGACAGAUCCCAGUGCAGUAACGAUCAAUUUGCUGCUCAUUGUCCACCCCGAGGAGGCAGCUAGCAAGCAGAAAGGGCCGAGAGAGGGGCAGACGGAAGGCAGCCGGAGCCCAGGUUUGCAGGAUGAUGGAAAUGGAAACAGCAGAUCAGAGUCACCUCAGCAGAGAGCCCUCGAAGGCCAGCAAGUCUCCAGGGAGCCCUGCAAGCAGGCAGAAGCUGUUACUCCAUACUCCAGCAAAGGAACCCAAGUGACAGUGGAAGUUCACCCCAAGGACAGCCCCCCCCAGCUCUUUAAGAAACUCUCCUUUGGAAAAGGUCCCAGGAGGCUGCCCAGCCUGAGCGGUCAGGACAACAGAGCUUUCCAAAGGACUGAGGCCCCACGGCCACCAGGAGGAAAAGACCUGCACGCCUAUCCCUGGGACCGAUCCUCUCUGAAAUCCAUGCCAGUGGAUCUGCAGCAAUUUGAGAAGCUGGAUGCCUACGCAUUAAAAGUGAACGUCAGGAGCAGCGUGGAGGAGCUGGUGAGAGCCCUGCUGAAGCAAGCCCACACCGACCUGGAGAAGGUCCGAGCCAUCUGGAUGUGGAUCUGCCACCACAUAGAGUACGACGUGGUGGGCUACCACAACAAGAGCCAGCUGUCCUGCCGGCCCAUAGAUGUGCUGCAGACGGGGAAGAGCAUCUGCGAGGGGUACGCGGGGCUCUUCGAACACAUGUGCAGUCUUGCAGGCAUCCAGUGCAUGAAGCUGUUUGGCUACUCCAAGGGGUAUGGGUACAAGCUGGGGCAGACCUUCUCGGGGGACUCUGACCACGCCUGGAACGCAGUGUACCUGGACGGGAGGUGGCAUCUGCUUGACAGCACCUGGGGCAGCGGUUCUGUGGAUGAUUCCUUCACCAAGUUCACCUUCAGGUACAACGAGUUCUAUUUCCUGACCCACCCAGCGCUGUUCAUCAACAACCACUUCCCAGACAACAGCAACUGGCAGCUGCUGAAGCCAGCCCUGACACUGAAGGACUUUGAGAACAACAUCCUGCACAACAGCAACUUCUACACCUUGGGCCUGCUGGCUGCACACCCUGGGACAGCUGUCAUCCAAACAGUGAACGGCAAGGCCUCGGUGUCGGUGGAGUGCCGCCCGGCCACGCUCUUCACCUUCAAGCUGCAGGGCGCCGAGCAGCAGGGGCUGCUGACGCUGAAGAAGCAGGGCAUGAAGCUGGACGUGUACCCGCAGCAGACCGGCAGGCAGACGCUGCAGAUCUUCGCCAAGCCUUCCAGAGCCUCGGACGGUGUCUACCAGUGCGUGCUGGAGUACGCGGUGGAGUGCGCGGCGGCGGACGAGGCCGUGCGCCUCCCGCGGGAGCUGCACCAGCCCGUGGGGCCCAGCUGGUUCUCGGAGCGCCAGGGCUUCCUCCGGCCCUCGCACCCCGAGCCCGUCGUGCACACCAACGACGGGCGCUGCGCCCUCACCUUCAGCAUGGGCAGGGAGCUGAGCGUGCUGGCCUCGCUGCACGGCGGCGGCGGCGGCAGCCUGCCCGAGGAGCUGGGCCGCCGGCACGUCAUGCAGGUGCGGCGCGGCAACCAGCUCCAGCUGCAGGUGCACCUGCCCCGCGCCGGCACCUUCGUCCUCAAGAUCUACGCCAAGAAGAAGUCGGACCCUGGCAACUACGACUACAUCUUCAACUACCUGCUGAGCUGCCUGAACGCGGCGGCGCAGUGGCCGCCGUUCCCGCAGAGCUACAGCGGGUGGCGGCAGGAGUGGGAGGUGGUGGAGCCGCUGUCGGGCGUGCUGCCCGCCGGCCGCACCGUGCGCUUCAGGCUGCGGGUGCAGGGCGUGGCCAAGGUGCUGGUGCAGGCCGGGGACUGCUGCCCCCUCACCCUCAGCAGGGGGCUCUGGGAGGGCAGCUGCAGCACGGCGGGCUGCAGCGAGGUGUUCGUCAUGGUGCACGAGAACGCCAACCACAGCUUCUACUCGCACGUCCUCAAGUACCAGGUGGAGAGCCAGUAGCGCCCGCUGCCGCCCCUGCCCGCGGAGCCAGCCCUUCCACCGCGCCCCGGGCCGGCCCGGCUGCAGCGCCUGGCUCGUCCUUUCAGCACCUCUCUUCUCCCAACACACGCAGGACACCACCCGCAGGCAAGACCAGGAGCUCAGAGGAGCUCAAAGCAGCAGCAAACUCUGAGCAGGAGAGCAGCAGCCGAAGGAGAUGAACCCAAAGCCUGCCCAGACAAACGCCCGGAGGAAAGCAGGCAGCUGCCUGGCCGUGGCUCGCCCCUGGCCGCCGGUGACUGCUGGGUUCCCGUUAAGGAGCGCAGGAGAAGCCUGGCCCUGGCUGCACCCAGCGGCGGGGGGCUGCAGGAAGCACGCUCAGGGCAGCAGCAGCGGCCAGCGGGAGCGGCAGCACAGUUAGAGCAGCUGUCUGCCUCUCUUCAGGCAAGCUGGGCGACACAGCCCG